AUGCGCACCGAAGUAAUCUUAUUCUUCAUUGCCAUUUCUAUCUCAAUUAAAUAUGUCGAAAGUCUAAGAUCUGAUGUCUAUGCAAAGGUAACAUUUUCUUCAUAACUUCACGUUGGAAAUCAUGAUUGAAUCAAUACAGAUCGGAGAUAACAUUGCUCUGGACCUCGGUAAAAACAAACAAUACCGUCGACAAAUCGGAACAGUCAAGCAAGUCUACAGAGUUUGCAACGAGAAAAACACAGCGAAUUGCGGAUAUUGGGAAAAUAUUUCGAGAAAGAAGAAAGUGGCAAAUGCUGCCAACACUUCGUAUAACUCCUAUAUCUUAACAUUGAGCAAUGUGACGAAAAGAGAUGAUGGAAUUUAUUGGGGGAUAGUUGCUACUAAUUAUACAUUUUUGCAUAUUACAUUAGGUUGAACUGUAAAUCAACUUUUUUUUUUGAAAAAUGAAUUUUUCCAACCAAACUCCACACUGAAAAUAAAUAAUGAACAUUCGAUGUUUUGGUUGAUGCAUCAUUAAAAACAUAAUCCCCUCAUAAAAACGAUCCUAUAAAGAUCGAUAGAUCUAUUUUAUUUUGCACAAAUGCGUUUCCACCUAUUCCUUUUCCUAGUUAUCGCAACUUCUAUAACUUUUCUAAAUUGUGAGAUUCUAACCCCAUGGGUCCAAGGAGUCGUUGGUCAGGACAUCGAAAUCAAUCUUGGUAAAAAUGGGCAAUAUCGACGAAAGAUCGGAACCGUCAAACAAGUCUAUAGAGUGUGCACUGGAAAAAACGCGGCAAAAUGUGGGUUCUGGGAGAAUAUCAAGACAAAGAAGAAGGUCGCCAAUGCUGCAAAGACUACUUAUAACUCGACAAACAAUGCUUUAACAAUGAAAAAAGUCACGCUGAAAGAUAGCGGAACUUAUUGGGCGAAUAAUGCGAAUGAGGUGGCUAAUGUGAAUAUUAUGAAGGGUGGAUCUGGAAUGAUGCCAGGUAGAAAGUGAUUGAAUAAAUUGGUUCAUUUUUUGAUUUUAGUGUUUUUCGCAAAGAAAAUUGAAGUUAUUGGAAAUUAGGGCCAAAAUCUAGAAUCAAUUUUAAUUUUCAGCGAUCAAUGUUCUUAUGAAACAGACAAAACUUGUGAUUUUUUUGUAAUCCCUAAUCCGUUUCAGAAUUCUUUGGAAGGAAAAGAAUCUAUUUUAAAAUCACAAAAACCGUGUGGUUACUUUACUAAAUUCAGUGAGGUAGUUUGUUGUAUUUUUCCAAUUCAGCUUGUUCACUUUCUGAUCAAAACAUAGAUUCAAUCACCAGAAAAUAAUGAACACAUUCUGUUUUGUUUUGAUUCAUUCGCACAUCAUUAAAACCUUAUUAUCCUCCCUAUAAAGAUCGAUAGAUUUACUGUAACUCACAUUCAGUCACUCACAUCUCAUGCGUUGUGUUUUUCCUCUAUUCCUAGUUAUCCUAACUUAUUUCACUUAUGUGGAUGGUGCAAUCGGAACACCAAAUGUUUAUGGAAUGGUCGGUGAUAACGUCGAAGUGAAUCUUGGAAAAAACGCGGCGUAUCGAAGAAAAAUCGGCACGGUUAAGCAAGUUUAUAGAGUGUGCACUGGGAAAAAUGCGGCCAAGUGUGGAUUUUGGGAGAAUAUUUCGACAAAAAAGAAAGUCGCUAAUGCUGCCAAAACUACCUACAAUUCAACGAAUAAUGUGUUGACCCUUAAGAAUGCGACACAAAAAGAUGGUGGAACUUAUUGGGCGAAUAAUCCUAAAGAGGUGGCAACAGUGAAUAUUAUGAAGGGUGGAGCAAUGGUGCUACCUGGGUAUUAG